UGCAUGUCACAGAAACAGUCGGUAAACAGCUCUGCGUUACACUUUAACAGAGAUGGGUAAACAAACCCGAUGCACAUAGGCAAAACCAGCCACACGCUCACAACCGUUAAAGACUUUUCUCUUGUAAAAGUCGACCACGAUGUUUGACAACACUUCCAACAAAGUACAAAUCUCAUCCUUUGUGUGUCUGGUCCCAGCGGGCUUUGUCUGCUUCUCCUCGUUCAGGGCAACAUUUAGCUAAAUAGCGUCAUCAGACCUUAUGCAUCUAUGUAUCGUCAGUGAAACUGUUGAAGUGGGUACCCCCCCAACCACAGGGGGCAGUACUGAGCAAACUGCUGCUUGGCACCAAAAUGAGGAGAAGACGACAAACUACUGGCUGGGCCUGCCUUCUAUUGUGAUGCACACUGGCUGAUGAAAAAUAGAAUAAAAUAAAAACAAAGGCUUGAUUAGAAGAGUCUCAGUUGACUGAAGUGUAUCUGGACUUGUGACUCAACUAGACGACUUUCAGGGCACAGACCUAGGUUAUAGAUAUGAGCGGUGGUGUCAAAAUAACCAUGUGAGAAAAGACAAAAGUGCAGCUGUGUGACAGACUUGAGUAUGAAAGGUGCCGGAGAAAGCGUCUGUUCAUACAAGCUCACACUGCAGUAAAGCUCAGGGCUGGCAUGUCACCGUAGUGUCCACUACAGAGCCCCGUGUCAGAGCCACGGUGGGGCUGCAGCAUGAGGACCCUGCAGGGCUGAAGUCAGAGUGGAAACUAAGCCAGAGGACAGAAAACAUGGAGGAGAAGGAGACCAGUGCGGAGGCACAGGAAGAGAUAAAAGUGAGAGGACGCUGCAGAGACAUUGGGAACAGGCUGCAGACAGACAGGGAGGAGGAGGAGCUGAGGAAGAGGAGGGGGAGUCGUGGAGCGGGGAGGGCAAUAAAAGCCAGCAGGGCGGAGAGGAGCCCUCCACACUGACGAGGAUCUGAAGAAAAACAGCCUGUGCUGAAAGACAAGAGCUGGAAAAAGAGGCGGCGGUGGCCCGACCCACCCAGAGAGGAGUGUUCCUCACACACUGACUCAGUGUCUGAAGCUCACACACUGCGCCUGUGUCUGGCCAGCAGGCAGCUCGUUCACCGGAGAGAGACGCCGCGAGGCUGCAGGCGACACAGGGCGAAAAUUACACCCAUGAACAGAAGAAGAAACUUCAACAGAAGGUUCACAGACCAAGACAGAGAGAAGAGGACGAGCUGGUCUUCAAAACGUCCAGUCUCCAAAUGUAAUGAAUGUCUAGCUGGUCCAAGAGGAGCACACCUACACCAGUGCAUCAUGGGAACAUCUUAGCUCCACAGAAACACACACCUGAACACCUUUGUCCUCUGGUUUGCACCCACCCAACAUGUGGGCCAGGUUUUCCCCAGGCAGGAGCUGUCCAGGUGGGGCAGGAGGGUUGCUGCUGCUCCCUCUGCUCCUGGCUCUGAUGGCGGCAGAGGCAGCGAGCAUCGAGGAGGUCGACGGCGUAGAGAGUCAGGAGAUGCUGGAGGAGGACGACGUCAACACUGAGAUCCUGGAGCCGGCAUCCUCCGACCUGUCCCGGGUGUCUCCGCUCAGCUCCUGGCUUAUCUUCAGAAGAAACUCCAACAAGGGGGACAACCGCAGAACCAAAGGGUCCAGGAGAACGUCCAAGCACGGUCUUCCAGGCCCCCCAGGUCCUCCAGGGCCCCAGGGACCUCCGGGGCCCCCCGCUCCCCUCCUGCCCCAACAACAGGAGCUCAUCGAGGAGCUGCAGCUAAAACUGAGAGACGUAGCCGGAGACGUGUGUCUGCUGUGCGAUCGCCCCCCUCGGGUCUCCACCUCCUUCCGCAGCCGCCUCCUGCAGACCGUCUCCAUCCCACGGCGCAGCCUGUUGGAGCUGCAGCCGUUCAGCCAGCCCUCCGACUCCGAGCGCAGCCUCCAGAGAGGUCAGAGCUUCAACGCCAGCAUCGGCCGAUACACAGCGCCCGUCUCUGGCUUCUACCAGCUCACCGCCAGCCUGCUGAUAGAGUCUGGUGACAGAGUCCAGAUGCGGCUCAGAGACCACGUGAGAGCAGCGAUCUGCAUCGAGUCACUCUGCCAGAGCAACCUCUCUGUCGAGUCAGUGAUGGGUGUGACGGCUGCUGGAGGAACAUUCAGCAUCUUACUGACAGGAACGCUCUACCUGCAGGCUGGGGAGUACGUGUCAGUGUAUGUGGACAACGGCACCGGCUCGGCCAUCAGCGUGCUGCAGGACUCUCCGUUCUCUGGGAUCUUGCUGGGAGUCUGAGCUCCUGCACACAUGCACCAACUUUGGCUUUAUCAAGUUUCCUCUGAACCCACCUGUCCACAAGCUGCAACCUGCGGAUUGAAACAUGGACCAAGAAAAUAAAACCUCUUGUCUGACUUACAGACAGAAAUCUAAAUGGACGUUCGAGUUCGCCCUGCGACGUCUUCGUUGUCUGAAGCUGGAGGUGUCAUGUGGUGAAGAGCGUGGGUGACGUUCAGGGGGUGGAGAAACACACCUGUUUACACCGGUUUAUUCUGAGACUCAUCACAGGUGAAAUUAGCCAAGAGCUGAAAAUGCGGUCAAUGGGUUUUCACAUUCACUUUAAUGCAUUUGUUUUUCUUGGUAGCCAUCUAGUGGACGACUGAGGAACUGCAGCCAUGUUUUCUAGGGGCGGCCUUUCUCAGCUCAUCUUGGGAAAGCUGACGAUGAUGUCCUCAUGUUUAACAUUGUAUUUUAUCUCUAUAUUUAAGCAGUUUGAUGCUAAAGAGUUGGUGAUUUUUAUUUUUUCUCCAGAAUGUUGCUUUUGUUAAAGUGAAAAACUUCAAUAGCCAAAUAAACAAAACCCUAAAGCUGAUGUGUCUCAACUGCAAAUGGACAUUAGUGAGAUAAAAACAGAAAAACAACAACCUGCUCAUCACAGUGAAUCCUGGUUCCUACUGUUUGUGUGGACACACACUCUGAACGACUGCACCAGGUCUGUCUCCAUCUGUCUGUCAUAAUUAUUCUCUGGAUGAUCUGAAGGUAAACACACCAGAGCACACAGCAGCUGCAGUUCUAUCUAAUGCCUCCCCAGGUGGAUCAGUCUCCAAGUCCAGUACAGAGCUCAGGAUGGGUUCAGAUGAGCACAGAGACUGGGAGUGGAGGGAAAAUGCAAGCCUGGCUCUAUUAAAUCUGUUUUACACAUAUCAACAUCCUGCAGCCAGAGGGUUUAUCUGACAGUACAGGUGGGACAGAGCUCACACCAGGCAGCAGCUAGCACAGCUCGAGGUCAACGCCACUGAUAGCCGCUACACGGCAUCAGGUUCUCUACAGAAGCACGUCAACGCCACUGAUAGCCGCUACACAGUAUCAGGUU